AUGGACCACUCAGACUCCACAUCUCCAACCUCCCCUGGGAUGGAGGAGAAACUCUUCAGGAGCAGCCUUCCUUCCAUCAGAUCCAGGUCACCGCCAGGUGGAGAUCAGCUGACAGCUCUGCUCCUCUCUUCACCCGAGUGUGAUCAUAUGAACAUAAAGCUGAUCAUCGAUACUUGGCCCAAGCUGCUCUGGUACCAGUUCAUUGUGGCGAAGAAGAAGGCGAAGAAGAAGGCGAAGGCAAAGAAGGCAAAGAAGGCGAAGAAGAAGGCAAAGAAGGCAAAGAAGAAGAAGGCAAAGAAGAAGGCAAAGAAGAAGGCGAAGAAGGCGAAGAAGAAGAUGAAGGCGAAGAAGAAGGCGAAGAAGAAGAUGAAGGCAAAGAAGAAGGCGAAGAAAGCAAAGAAGGCAAAGAAGGCGGCAAAGAAGAAGGCGAAGAAGAAGAAGAAGAAGAAGGCGAAGAAGAAGAAGCCGAAGAAGAAGGCGAAGAAGAAGGCAAAGAAGGCGAAGAAGAAGAAGGCGAAGAAGAAGGCGAAGAAGGCGAAGAAGAAGAAGGCGAAGAAGAAGGCGAAGAAGAAGAAGAAGGCGAAGAAGAAGGCGAAGAAGGCGAAGAAGAAGAAGGCGAAGAAGAAGGCGAAGAAGGCGAAGAAGAAGGCGAAGAAGGCGAAGAAGAAGAAGGCGAAGAAGAAGGCGAAGAAGGCGAAGAAGAAGGCGAAGAGGGUGAAGAAGGCGAAGAAGAAGAAGGCGAAGAAGAAGACGAAGAAGAAGGCGAAGAAGGAGGAGUAG